AAACUUGCCGACACUGUCUACGAAUCCUCCCUCUAGGUAACAACAAAGAAACAGCCCACACGGAGAUGUGUGACGAGGAGGCUCAGCGGACCAAUCAGAGGGCGCGCAGGCUUAUUAUAGCGUCGUAUACCUGCAGCCUUUAUUUCCUCCCUCCCUCUGCUCAACACAACAGUGUGCAAGUCGAGACCUGGCUGUGCGGUCGCAUCCCGGCAAAAAAACAAAACAAAAAAAAACCCAACAGCCUCUCUCGGUUUAGUGUUCGUCGCCCUUCCACACAGCGGGAGCACAGCAGCCAUGACUCACCCCCGCACCCUCCGGGUCGAUUAUGACCAAACCACGCGCGUGAUCUGCGUGGUGGGCUCGGAGCUCAAUGUGAACCUGAACAGGAGCGCCCCUCCCCGCGCCAGGUUCUACUCGGUGAAGUGCACCCCCGGCGUUCAGUGCGCCGUCCGCCCCUCCCCUCAGCAGAAGUCCCCCCUCUCCCCCACCCCCCUCGGAGGGAACUCCGUGCUGCUUAUCCGCAUGAGCCGCGCCAGUCAGCAUGAAAACGAUAGCAAGCUGUCUAUUCAGUACUAUGGGGAGAGUGAGGAAGUCUUGGGGAGAGCCAUCCUGCACCUGACGGCUCUUGAGAUCUCUCUGGACGUGGAUGCAGACAGGGACGGGGUGGUGGAGAAAAACAACGCUAAUAAGGGAUCCUGGAAAUGGGGCCCCGAGGGUCACGGAGCCAUCCUGCUGGUCAACUGUGACUCCGAGCGGCUUUACAAAAAGAAACCAGACAAUGAGAAGGAUAACGUUUCCACGGUGUCAGAUCUGAAGGACAUGUCCCUCAUGGUGCUGCGGACCAGAGGCCCCGCCAGGCUGCCAGAGGGCUACAAGCUCGCCAUGCACAUCUCUCAGGGGGACGCGGAGAGCGUCCGAGUCUUCAGGACCGCCGACCCGAAGAACACGGCGCGGCAGAACCUCUUCUACAAGUACUUUGUGAAGGACUAUCCGCUGGUGCUGAGCAGGGAGGUCCUGACCCAGGAGGUGUCGUACCUCGGAGAAGCAGCGGAGAUGAACUUCUACGUGGAGGGCCUAAAGUUUCCCGACAAUGACUUCGACGGUCUCAUCAGCAUCCACCUCAGUCUCCUGGAGCCCAUCUCUUCGCGACUCCCCGAGACGCCUAUUUUCACGGACACAGUGGUGUUCAGAGUGGCACCGUGGAUCAUGACACCCAACACCCUCAAGCCCGUGGAGGUGUUUGUCUGCAGCACGCCCGACAACUACAAGUUCCUUAAAAGCAUGAAGAACCUUGUUGCAAAGUGCGGCUACAAGCUUAAGAUCUGCAGCGAGUUUGUCAACAGAGGUGAUCGCUGGAUUCAGGAUGAGCUGGAGUUUGGCUACAUCGACUCGCCUCAUCAGCGCUUCCCGGUGGUCCUGGAUUCCCCUCGAGAUGGAGACCUCGGCGAUUUUCCAUAUGAUGAACUACUGGGACCGGACUUUGGCUACGUGACCCGGUUGGCCAAUAAGGAAGACGUGAGCAGCCUGGACUCCUUCGGUAACCUGGAGGUCAGUCCUCCCGUCACUGUGGGCGGGAAGCACUACCCGCUGGGCAGAAUCAUCAUCGGAGUGGCCUUCCCCACGGCAACCAAAGGACGCAACAUGACCAAAGUGGUUCAGGACUUCCUGUGGGCUCAGAAGGUCCAGGAGCCCAUUGCCCUGUUCUCUGACUGGCUCGUAGUCGGCCACGUAGAUGAAUUCAUGACUUUUGUUCCUGCGCCUGACAGAAAGGGCUUCCGGCUGCUGCUGGCCAGCCCGGCCGCAGGCUACAAACUGUUCAGAGGCUUAAGGAGGGACGGACACGGACAGGCCAAGCUGUUUGAUGGUCUGAAAGAUGAGAAAGCAGUGACCGUGGAUGAGAUCCUCGACGAUGAAGGUUUCCGAGCUGAAAACAACUACGUGCAGAGCUGCAUCGACUGGAACAGAGACGUUCUGAAGAGGGAGCUGGGCCUGGACGAGGAGGACAUCAUCGACCUGCCCAUCCUCUUCAAGCUACAUGAGCAUAAGAGCGAGUACAGAGCAGUGGCUUACUACCCCGACAUGGUGAACAUGAUCGUCCUGGGGAGGGAGCUGGGCAUCCCGAAGCCCUUCGGCCCCCGGGUGAACGGCCUCUGUGCCCUGGAGGCCGAGAUGUUGUCCCUGAUGGGGGGCCUGGGCCUGAACUGCACGUUCAUCGACGACUUUGCCGCCUACCACAAGCUGCUGGGGGAGGUGCACUGCGGCUCCAACGUCCGCAGGGAAGCCUUCGACUUCAAGUGGUGGAACCUGGAGAUGUGAACUGCAUAUAUGAAGAUAUUCGACCGAAUGGAGAGCACCACCUAUUCUUAACUUCAGGUUGAGAUGAAGCCUUAAGUUCUCACUAAAAGCCUUACGUUCUCUCUGCAAUCAUGAACAGCUUUCUUCACAGCCUUUUCUUCUGUCUUUAGUAGCUAAGUUUGCACAAAGGAUAACCACAGGCGUCGGGAUACAUUUCUUUGAUCAUCUUCACCUUUUAUUAAACAUUUCUGUUUGCUUUAUUUAUGAAAAGGAUGUAAAGCAAUAUUUACACGUUUUGAACAAGGGACAGAAAUACAAUCAUUUGAAUGGAGCACAUAUCGCUUGUUGUUGUCAGGACGUAUGGAGGAUGCACGGAUGUGCUACGAUAACACAGAGCCACAAGAGGGGGCACUAGACAAGCGUUUCUAAAGUCCAGAGAAACAUCUUUUCUCAAAUCAGUUUUAAAGGCUGUGAUUAGAACAAGUGUGUCUCGCUUUUAUUGUAGUCGGGCGCAGAAUGUCACGUCUAGUAGCUGCUAACCGCCUUGAUGAAAACAAUGUACAGGCUGAUUCGCAUUUUGGUCCAGUGGAACUUUUUUGUAUUUUCACAAAUUAAAAAUGGCGUCUUUGAUUGGGUGUGGAAUGUCACAUGGCUGGAAUAAACUCCUUCAUCGCAAA